ACAGCUCCCGCUAUGCAGCCUCAGCGCGCCCACAACCAUGACACAAUUUGUUCCUCCGACCGCUAACAGCACAAUCUGAGCACUGGGGGACACACUACAGGACUCAUCGGGGCGGAGUGGAUGCAACCUCUGUGAAGUUACUCGUGUUCAAAGGAAGUUAGAGAUAAAACGCCGGUGAUAACGAUAUCUUUCCCUUUGGACUUUAGAAGUUGUUGUGAGGAGUUUUUCUAUUGAAUAUGUUGUAGAUAUAUUUGUGCAUUUAUGUAGAGUAUUGGGCCAUCUAUAAGCUAUUCAUUUUGCUCUAGCAAACAGAAGCAAGGCAGCUCAUGUUCCGUUUGACAGCGUUUCUAUGUGAUCUGGCCGCGGGGGUUCUCAUGAACCUCAGUCAUUUCCCUCGGCAAUGUUUUUCUCCCAUGGGCAAUGGAGGCAGAGCAACUGAUGCGCGCUGUUGUGGUACACACCUUUGAUGCGUCUGUAUAUAUUUUUUGUAGUCUCAGAACACUGUUUUUCUGUUAGUUUUUGAGGUGGGUUUCGUGGACAUCCACCAUUAUGCUAUUUUUCUAAGACUGCAGCGACUGGUAGGUGAAUGACUGACUUAAAAAGAAACAUUUGUCAUAAUUUAUGUUCAGUGUGUUUAAUUUUACAUUUUAAACACAAAUAUACCUUGUUUUAGUACCAGUAAAAUAGCAACUUUUGGACAUCAAUCUACCGUUUCCAUCUAAAAUUCGGUGGAGUUUUUAGUCAAUCAUGACGGAAACAAUGGCAUUGAGUGGAAACUGUAGGACUAACCCUACGUCCAAAGACCAAGGAUCUGUUCAGAAUAGUUUCCCAGAUGUUGUAGAAUUAAACGUUGGGGGACAGGUGUAUUACACACGUCAUGCAACGUUAGUAAGCACCCCGAAUUCCUUGCUGGGAAAAAUAUUCUCACCCAAGAAAGAUGCCACUAACGACUUGGCGCGGGACCCUAAGGGACGCUAUUUUAUCGACAGAGAUGGAUUUUUAUUUCGAUAUGUUCUGGACUUCCUCAGAGACAAACAAGUUGUACUGCCCGACCAUUUUCCAGAGAAGGGGAGGCUUAGGAAAGAGGCGGAGUACUUUCAGUUGUCAGACAUGGUCAAACUAUUGACCCCCGAAGAUCUAAAACACAGUCCAGACGAAUACUUCCACAGUGAUUUUGAAGAUGGUUCUCAUGGCAGCGACCACAAGAUGUGUCCGCCGUCAUCACUGGUCCCGGCGGACAGAAAAAGUGGGUUCAUUACAGUUGGUUACAGGGGCUCUUGCACAGUGGGCAGAGAGAGUCAAACUGACGCCAAAUUCAGAAGGGUUCCGCGGAUUUUGAUUUGUGGGAGGGUCGCGUUAGCCAAGGAAGUUUUUGGCGAGACCUUGAAUGAGAGUCGAGACCCAGACAGGACACCAGAUCGAUAUACUUCCAGGUUUUACCUGAAGUUCAAACACCUUGAGAGAUCAUUUGACAUCCUGUCAGAGUGUGGUUUCCAGAUGGUUGCCUGUAACUCUUCAGUCACAGCGUCCUCCGUGAAUCGACACACAGAGGACAAGAUCUGGUCAAGUUACACUGAAUACAUCUUCUAUCGUGGCACCUCUCGAUGGUCUUCCCCGCCCUGCGACUGCUGCUGCAAGAACCACAAGGGAGAGGGCGAGAGCGGCACCUCCUUCAACGAGCUCUCCACCUCAAGCUCCGAGAGCCAGUCAGAGGCCAGCUCACCCCACGGCACCGUUAUCUGUGGGCCGGUGAGCCAGCAGUCCCACGUCCAUGUCCAGACCCUGGACCGGCCGCUGAAGAAGGGCCCGGUGCAGAUGCUGCAGCAGUCAGAGCAGCGCAGGAAGAGUGAUCUCCUCCGAACACUCACUGCCAGCUCCCGAGAUACCAGCACCUGCAAGAAGAGGCCGGCCAAGGAGAAGAUGACCAUUGAGGAGGAGCUGGAGAAGUGCAUCCAGGACUUCCGCAAGAUCAAGAUCCCCGAGCGCUUCCCGGAGAGGAAGUACAUGUGGCAGGCAGAUCUACUGAGGAAGUACCGUCUCUGAGAGGGAUCCAGUUAAAACACUUAGGCAUCACAGAGACAGCAAAAAAACAAGCAUAAAACCAUGACUGUUUAGCUAACUGUAUGUGUGUAUAUAUGUAUUGGCACCCUUCCACUUUACUUGAAUAAUUCCCUAUUUCUCCACACCUUGUUAUUGGGUUUUCAACAUUGGAGAACUUAAGUUAAUUAACUUACAAUUUAAAUGUACAUUUAUUGGCACCCUUGAGCUACUACUUCGUUGCACACCCUUUGGCCAAGAUAGCUGCCAACAAAUGCUUAUUGUAGCCAUCAAUGGGCUUUCUGCACCUUUCUACUUCAAAAUAUUUGGACACUGGGUUGAACUUUGUACUCCAUCUGCUGAUUUCACAAUGUCUUGCAUACAUUCAAGGUCCCCAGAGGCAGCAAAGUAACCCACAGCAUUAUCGAACCUGCCCCAUGAUUGAUUGUAAGGAGGGUGUUCUUUUCUUUAAAUGCUUCAUUUAGUCAUUGGUAAACAUAGGAAGACCCCACUGCUGAAGGAGACGCAAAAAAGCCUGUUGAACUUCUCAAAAUAACUACGAAACAAGCCUAAAUCCUGGGGAAAAUGUUCUGUGGACCAAUGAAACAAAAUUUGAGCUUUAGCAAAACAGAUGAGCGCUGUGUUUACUGAUGACAAAAUGAAAAAUUCAAUGAAAGGCCCUCCCCUACAAUCAAAUAUGGGGGAAGUUUGAUAAUGCUGUGGGGUUCCUUUCCUGCCUCUAAUACUAGAGUCCUUGUUGUGCGCAAGGAAUCAAUAAAUCUUCAGAUGAUCAGGUGAUUUGGAGUCCAAUGUUCAACCCAGUGUCCAAACUGGGUCCCCAUUGAAGGUUGUGCUUCUGAAAAGUGGGCCAAAUUGCCAAGAGAAAGUUGCAGCAAGCUCAAUGACGGUACAGGAAGUGUUUGUCUGCAGCUUUCUUGAUCAAAGACUUUGCAACCAAGUACUAGCUCCAGGGUGCCAAUCAUUUUGUCCAUGCCAUUUGUCUUUAUUUUCACAAUUAAAAUUGUAAACAUAAGUUUGGUAAACAUAAAAAUUGGUUCUGUUUGUGUUGAAAAUCCACAACUUAUUUUAGAAUUAUUUAAGAAAGGUCCACGGGUGCCAAUAUAUUUGGCCGCAACUGUAUGUAUGUAUGUAUGUAUGUAUGUAUGUAUGUAUGUAUGUAUGUAUGUAUUGAUGCUCAUCGCCACUGCCUCAGUGUCUACUGUAUUUCUUAUGCUUUAGGUUCUGGAUGACUGAUCUCAAUGGAAUAAUGGCAAUGAACAAAAGACAUCUUUCCUCACCAACUGCUUCCUGUACGCUCAAAGGGUAUAUCUUACUGCACAGUUUUAUCCACAAUCUUUUGAAAGCACUAAAGAGCACAAUUGGUGUGUGAGAGAUUGUUCUACACACACUGCUGAUUUUUGCAAGCAGAUUGCACAGAAAUCGAAGAUACGUGUGUAUCAGAAUGAUAAAUGAUUCAUGCUGUCCCGAUAAUGCACUUUCUAAAAAUACCUGCUGCCAGAGCGGAGGGGAUGAAUAGCUUCUUUGAUUUCAACACUUUCAGGAACGCAGGCAACUCCAGAGGAAGUAUGGGCUUUUUUUCAGUUGGGGAAUUUGAAAAACACCGAAAGAUACUGUAUAUCAAAACAGCUUUCAGAUGGAAAUGGGAAGGGAUACAGAUGAAGGUGUUCCUUAAGGGGUGAUGAAGGAUGGGUUUGUUUUAAUGAGAUUGAAGUCAAACACAAAGAAACACCAAUGACUGAAAAGAGGGAGUAGUCCUGUGCAAGUUCUUUCCCCAAAAGGUUAACUACAGUUACAGUAGGUGUUCACACACACACACACACACACACACACAGAUAGAUCAGGGGCUUAUUUCAACAAUGAAUGUGUGACAUGAGUGCACAGGAGAACAGACAGGAUAGCAUUGCUGAACAUCCCAUGACAGAUUGAUGUUUUCUAUCGUAGUUGUUGCCAUUGUGGUCAAUAGAUAAUGAUUAUUAGGUGCUGGGGUACAUGGACAAGGGUAAUAGACAUGGUUGAUGACAUCCCUGCAGAUAUUGAUGAGACUUGUAGGUUAUUGAUGAGUAUACACUGCUCUUGUUUUCACUGAAUACCACAUCUAAAUAUUGUUUGUUUUCUGUAUCCUUACAUGCCUUGGUGAGGAUCAAAGUACAUGUAACAAAGCAGUAAGCACAGACAUGCGCUAAUAAUUUCCAGAAUAAUGUAAUUAUUUUGGGAAUAUUACAUUUAAGAUUAUGACUGAUGACACAGGAUGACAGUGAGUCCAAGUCCUCCUGUUACACAACUAACACACUUGGCAAAUCUUAUUUUCUGAUCAUGAGAUGUACAUUUGCGGCAGGGUAGCCUUGUGGUUAGAGCGUUGGGCUAGUUACCGAAAGGUUGCAAGUUUGAAUCCCCGAGCUGACAAGGUACAAAUCUGUCAGUUAAUCCACUGUUAAUCCACUGUUACUAGGCCAUCAUAAAAAAUAAGAAUUUGUUCUUAACUGACUUGCCUAGUUAAAUAAAGGUAAAAAAAAAUAUAUAUAUAUAUAUAUAUAUAUAUAUAUAUAUAUAUGGACUGCAAUGUAUAUUUAAUUGCUAAUGUAGUACACUUCAGUUCCAUACAGCUAGUGUAACAGUAUAACUUUAGACCGUCCCCUCGCCCAUACCCGGGCGCGAACCAGGGACCCUCUGCACACAUCAACAACAGUCACCCACCGAAGCACCGUUACCCAUCGCUCCACAAAAGCCGCGGCUCUUGCAGAGCAAGGGGAACUACUACUUCAAGGUCUCAGAGCAAGUGACGUCACUGAUUGAAACGCUAUUUAGCGCGCACCGCUAACUAAGCUAGCCGUUUCACAUCCGUUACACUAGCUGCUAAAACGUUCAAUGCUAACUGAAAAAUAGAUCUAUGGUCUCUCUUGCAACGAACCAGCAGAACUUAAAGGGUAGGCAGCAUUAAUGUAAACACAUGUAACAUAUGGAUUUGCAUUAACAUGCACAUCAAUAGCUCACGUUUCAAUUUUUCGAGGUAUUAUAUAAAACCGAUCAGAAUUCUGAAGCAUGCCAAUGCCAUGUUAGAAAAUGUUUUCCAGGGUGUGAUGUAAUAUGGUGGACCCGGCAAGACAGCCUAGUUCCUAUAUCUCCAACAGAAAUAACUUCAAAUGUAAAACUUAAACUGAAACCAAAUCGUUUGCACUCAUGACUACUGGUUUCAAUGACAUUUUCACCAAAUUUACAAGCAAAUACUUUAUGAAUUUAUUGAUACAAAUCAACUUGCUAGGUUGCUAGCCAACUAGCCAGCUAAUGUUAGCCCUACCAGCCUGCUAACAUUACGUUAGCACUGAAUGAGUCAGUCAGUUGCUAUCAAUACCCAGUUUACAGCUACAUUAAAGUAAACCAAAGUUUUGGAAAUACAUAAUGCCAUCUAACAAAAUAUCAAAGAUUGUUAGGUAUAUGCAGUUAUCUUAGCCAGCAAGAUAUACAGCCAGCUAACAUUUGCUAUUUAACCAAUUAUGUUAGCUAUUAGCCUAGCCAGCCUAGCUAACCAGCACAGUUAUGGUCAGUAAGCUAGAGCUCAACUACCGGAGACCAGUUGGAACACAACUAACACAACACAACUAAAACCGCAGAUCAAAAGAGCAGAGACUUACUGAUUGAUGGUAAGAGACAGGAAAAAUCCAAUAACUAUAGCAAGGAAAAUAAAAAAUAGAUUGAUUCCAGAUGUCAGAUGUCAGAGCACUAGGACAAGGUGAAAAAAGUUACAAAACUCCAGUUGUCUACUUCACAGAGAACAUGCCAAAAAAGAAAUGAAAAUAGAUGAGGUACUAUAGUUACACAAUUAGAGAAAGCAGGUAUAAUUUUACAUUUUUUGGUUUUGAGCCCAUGGCAAGAAGGCACCAGAGCCUGCAGUGCUAACAGGUUCCCUCUAGAUAACACAGCCACAAAAUCAGUGAAGCCAUGAGGUGUGGCUAACAUUAGCCAGCAUAAGCUAGCUAAUGAACUAGCAUACAAACUCGGCAAGACAGAGUAAAUUCUCCAUAUGACGUUGAGAAAUAGUGCAUUGUGGGUAGUUUAGAAGAUAUCCGGAAAUAAGUUAAUAAAUACGUUAUAACCCAAACACAUAACUAUGUUUGUAUUUAUAGGUAACCAGAUCGUGACUACAAGUAAGUAUUUGAUCACACUGUGUUUUUACAUUGGUGAGUAAUGCUUCCUACCCUUUAUUAACGCACUCCUGCAGAUUACCACUGGAUUUCUUAAAACGCUACUAACGGGAGAUGACAUGCACCUGCGGGCUAAACUAAGCUUGAUUGCAAUGAAAAAAAAGGACAAACCAGAAGUUCAGUUGAUCUCUCGUUGUUACCGUGAUUAAGAUACCAGACAGCUGGUCCAGAUUCUGUUCUUGCAAAUGAUUAGGAGCAUCGGAAACCGUAAUAGGCUGACCACACCGCUCGCGUCCCGUCAACGAGCGUCUGCGUUGCCAAGGGAUAAAAUUGAACUCCUUUACAUUUCUGACGCAGAUCGCGCUGCAAGUCCUGCCUCUCCCAUCUCCUCAUUGGUUUAUAGAAGCGGGUACCCACGUGCCAUCUCCUCAUUGGUUAUACCCAUGCGGGUGAUUGAAAGACGAACUGUGUUGCCGGAAUCACCAUAUAAGUUCAAAAAUGAAAAAGCCUGGAAGGAGGAGAGAUGACUAGAAACGAUUCGGUUGACCGUUUUAUGCGUGGAUUAAUUGUCCGAGUAGAGGACCUUGUGCAUUUCAGGUAAAAUAACAACUCAAUGUUUGUAUCCCAGGACAAUUUAGCUAGCAAAAGCAAGCUAGCUAAAUGGGACAAAUUCGCUAGCAAGUGCAAGCUUGCGUUUGGUGUAGGGGGACAAAAUAAAUGUAUGCACUGUGGCGCACGAUGGCGCACACGUGCAGCGGGUUUGGGUUCCGUGUAAGGCUGAUGAAUGUAAAAAUACUUAUUUGAGUAUAAGAAUAUAGAAGUAGUAGGCCUAUAUUUCAUUCAAACAUUUCAAUAAACAUUGAUUAUAUAACUCAAUCACGAUUUACUUAAAUACUUUUCAGGGAUAUUCUUUCCCCCGAUUUUGAAAUUACCAUAUCAGACAAUUUUAUUUUAAAGAUGGUCGUUUUCAAUGGAUUACAUCAGUUGGAAACAAAUAAAAUAAUAAGAGUAGGCUAUACUAUCAACAUUAUUUUUCCAUUCAUACAGCAUGUCGAGUACAUUUCCACAGUAGAUUUGCCGUGGUAAACAAGGAAAUACUUGAUUUCAGUUUUAUGAAAUGAUUGUCAAAUAGAGACAUCGGCCUUAGUCUGCUCAUAAAAUAGAACUACAUUUUUCCAACGAUAAUACCAACCAGAGGGCAAAAAUGUUGACUAAAAGAUAAUAUUGACAUCAACGUUAGGGAGCAGUAAAUCGCUGGCCAAUGUUGGUUGCAAUUGAGGUCAGCUGUGCGGAUGACUUUAGCACAUAUUGAUGUUUUAACGAGAGAUCAGAUGGCGAUAAUCUGGCACUUUUUGAUGGUUGCAAUAGGCACAUGAUGUGCAUCAGCAAGCUAUACAAGAUGAUGUUGAGCUAAUGAGCACUUGCUGUAUAUCAGAUGUGGUACACUCACUUCAGCACCCUUAUUGAAUGACAACUCUAUUAGAUAUUCUUCCACUCUAGCCCUGGCUUCAAAGGUCAAAGCUCUGGUGAUGAUGCUCUUGUUUCUUAAACCUGAAAAAAUAUAUAUAUAUUUAAACAGCAUGUCAACAGUUAAGCAUACAUUAAUGUCCACUAGUUAUAAAGUCCACACUUUAUACUUGACUUUGUCUGUUUGUAUAAAGCACUAUGAUGUGAAAGGAAUUGGAUCUAUCAAAUCUAAUUUUAUUGGUCACAUAGACAUAUUUAGCAGAUGUUAUUGUGGGUGUAGCGAAAUGCUUGUGUUCCUAGCUCCAACAGUGCAGUAGGAUCUAACAAUUCCCAACAGUACACAUGUCAUAUGUCAGUUGUACCGAGGUGAGGACGGAGUCACGCGCAGGACACAGAACUGAGUAAAAUAACGUACUUAUAAUAAAUCAGACAAAAUAAUCCACGCAGGGAUAACAAACCCAAAACACAAACAGGAAUAUUCACGCACAAAACAUAAUGGGAACCAGAGGGUUAAAUAGGGAAAUAAUAAUAACUUAAUGGGAACCAGGUGUGUACACUCAAGACAUAACAGAUGGAAAAAAGAAACAUGGAUCGGUGGCAGCUAGAAAGCCGGUGACGACGACCGCCGAACGACGCCCAAACAAGGAGAGGCACCAACUUCAGCGGAAGUCGUGACAACACACAUCUCUAAAAGUAAAAGAAUGGAAUUAAGAAAUAAAUCAAUAUUAGGAUGUUAUGGAUAUCCUGAAAAAUGUUCAAUACAUCUGCUCAUAGAACGUUCAAUGACAUAGGUCUUGGAUACAAUCACAUUUUCAAAGCACAAUUGUAAAGAAAAUAAUACCCAUGUAUACGACUAUUUAUUAAAAUAGUUUUAGUUGCCCCUGCACUGCCCAUUGUAUGUAUGUUCCAGAAUCACUAUGUAGGGAUCGAUAAAUUGUAAUGAAAUACCCAGCACAAAUCUAAAAUAUAGUUGUUGAUUUGCUAUACAAGAAAUUGUUGUUUUCAUAAAUAAUGCCCAUGUACAAGCCAUGCAUUUGGACUACUAUUAAGU